AGCCAUUUGGCCCCGCAAAAGAUGAGACGCAUCCCAAGCGCCGCACUCGUGGCAUUGCUGGGCCCGGGAUGGCUCUUUGCGCUGCCACGGUCUUCCUUGAGAGCCACAAGUUCUUUAGAACUCUCGCCCGUGCAUACGGAGUUCCCUCGUGCCCUUGCGAAGAGUGCGCAUAUCGACUCAGAGGCGGUGGAAACAGCCUGUGCCGCGCUUGCGGUGAAUGUCCUUAAAGGCAAUGUAGAUCAGGUGGACGCUUUGAUGGUGGUGCUCAAGUCCAUGAUGCCUCCCAUUGAGGGAGCUGAAAAGGUCCGAGGGCCGCCGCCUGAAGCGACACUGGAGAAGUCGGAGUUGGUUUGGUCGGAGCAUGACUACAUGUCAGGCCCGCAAGAGAACCUCCGAGUGUUGCAGAGCUACGAAGCUGAAUAUGCUCGACGAGUGGCUUUCGCCGAAGAAGGCUUUCGAGAUCCAAAAGUUCUAGCAGGUGCAUUGGACUUGGCAGUGGCCUAUCUGAAGAACUACGCGGUGGACAAAGCCGAUGCCUUGUAUGCGGCUACAAAGCCUUUCUGUAUGGAAAGGGGACUGCCGUGGGAUGUGAAAUGGUUACAAGACUGUGCCACACUGCGGUGCAAGCAGCAAAGGAUGCCGGAGGCGGCUGUGAUGUUGGAGGAAGUGGCAAAGCGCACACCUCCACAUCCAGCCACUCUGAAUAACCUUGGCACUGUCUAUAACAUGAUGCGGGAUCAUGAGAAGGCUCAGGAGUACUUCAUCGCUGCCCAAGAGGUCGCUGGUCACGAUCAGCCAGAUAAGAACGACCUUUGGAACAUGGGAAUUGCCAAGAAGCAUUUGGGCUACUAUGAUGAAGCCCUGCCCAUGCUGCUGAAGGCUUUAGAGGCAUGGAAGGUCGAGGAGCCGGAUGAUGACGUGACCAUUGCAAAGCUCCAUGACACGGUGGGAAGCUGCUUCGACCUGAUGGGCAGAUAUGAGGAAUCCGUGGAGCAGUUUGCGUCUGCGCGAAUGCUCUUCGGCCGGAGCAUUGGGGCCGACAGCCCACUUUAUGGCAGCGCGUGUGAAGGGCUCACCAAAGCGUUAAUGCACGCUGGCCGCUACCAAGAAGGUUUUGAUCGCCUGGAGGAGACCUUCCUCAAUCAGGCUCAAAAAGAUGCCAUCCAUCCUACACCCGUCUUUGAGCUCUUGGGCCUGGCCCUCGAAGAGUUUGUCGACAAGGGUGGGAUGGAUGUUCUCGAGCUCACUCGUUUGGAGAAGCCCAUGGAGAUCGCGGUGAAAAACAUGGUCUACCGUGGCCUGGACCAAGAUGGGAAUGCUGGCGUGGUUUUUGAGCGCAUGGCACAGGUCUUGUUGCGCUGUAGUAUGGCACAGGGCGAUGAGCAAAGACAGAAGGACGCCGCACGCCGGCGGCAAGUGGCCAAGAGCCUACUGGGCCGAUCGAAGCCUUUAGUGGAUGCCACCACCCGAUCCGGCGAGGCCGACCUGACUCACAUUAGCGCGCUCAUCGAUAUGGAGCUACAGGUGGAGAAGGGGCUGUGCCAACUCUUGCAAGACUCACAUGUAGCAUGUUGACAACUCUGGUGCAGCCCUGGCAGAAACCACGUUGAUCGCGCUCGUUUGCAUGGACAUUUGUCAGGUGUUGGAGACUCAGGAUUCCAUCUACCGAAGGGCCUUGGAUUCCGCGGGUGCGACACCGGCACUCACUUAUUGAUCCCAAGAGCCUUGAUCGCCCACACGUGGGCGGAAAGGACGG